AUGUCCAUCUUCCUGACUGUGCUGCUGGCAGCAGCACUGCCCAGUGUCUGGAGUCAAGACUAUCAUCAUGAAAGAAGAAUUCACAAGAAAUCCAGAGCCAAACCUCUGGUUGCAAAUAUUCAAGAAAGACAAGCCAUUCUGGAGGAGGACUGUGGCCUGGAGGUCUCCUUCCUCCUGGACAGUUCUGAGAGUGCGAAAGACAAUCACGAGCAGGAGAAGCAGUUUGCUAUGAACAUGGUGGACAGUCUCCAGGGCCUGCGCCUGCAGACCGGCCGCGGCCUGAGUCUGAGGGUGGCUCUGCUGCAGUACAGCAGCCAUGUCAUCACCGAGCAGACCUUCAGGGAGUGGAGCGGUCCGGAGAACUUCCGCACCCGGAUCGCCCCCAUCGUCUACAUCGGCCACGGCACCUACACCACCUACGCCAUCACCAACAUGACCAGGAUCUACCUGGAGGAGUCCAGCCCCAGCAGCAUCAGAGUCGCCGUGCUCCUCACGGAUGGCAUUUCCCACCCCAGGAACCCUGACAUUUUUACUGCCGUCGCUGACGCCAAGAACCAGGGGAUCAGAUUCUUCACCCUGGGAAUCACCCGGACGGCCAACGAGCCCGCCAACGUCGCGCAGCUCCGAUUGCUGGCCAGCUCCCCUGCCUCCCGCUUCCUCCAUAACCUGCAGGACGAGGACAUCGUUGAAAGGCUCGUCACUGAAAUAACUGGCUUGGCCGAUGAAGGAUGCCCGCUGGCUCAGAGAUGUGCCUGUGAGAAGGGUGAGAGGGGAUUCAGCGGCCCCGCGGGGAAGAAAGGUCGCCCCGGUGACGACGGCGCUCCAGGCCUGAAAGGGCAAAAGGGAGAAGCAGGAUUAAGUGGAGUUCCCGGACGGGAGGGUGUUGAGGGAAAACCGGGUUACAAAGGAGAGAAGGGUGAGAGGGGCGAGUGUGGCACUCCAGGAGUCAAAGGAGAGAGGGGUCCUGAGGGAACGCUUGGAGCAAGAGGACUCAGAGGUCUGCAGGGCUUACCGGGACCGCAUGGAGAUGCUGGACCAGAGGGCCCUCAGGGGAAGCAGGGAGAACGAGGCCCUCCUGGUCCUCCAGGAAUUCAGGGGGAAACUGGUAUUGGACUUCCUGGUCCCAAAGGUGACAUUGGCUUCCAGGGCCGACCGGGUCCUCCUGGUCCUCCAGGACUGGGUGAAACUGGACCGCCUGGGCCUCAAGGACCACAAGGUAUUCAAGGAGAAAAAGGGCCCCACGGCGAAGGAUUUCCUGGACCAAAGGGGGACCGAGGGCUCCCAGGACCCAGGGGGCCCCGGGGCCAGCAGGGUGCAGGCAUCAAAGGAGAGAAGGGUGAGUUUGGACCUCCAGGGCCGACCGGGCCGACUGGUCUAGCAGGAGUGGGCUUACAGGGGGAGAAGGGAGUGGAGGGACCGAGAGGUCCGCCGGGCGCCAGAGGACUUCCAGGAGAGGGUUUACCUGGACCCAAGGGAGACCAAGGUCUGCCAGGAGAGCAGGGUGCUCCAGGAGAGAGAGGAGUAGGAGAACCUGGCUCAAAGGGUGAACCUGGAGCAGCAGGACUCGGCGGCCUUCCUGGCCUUCCAGGAGAAGAUGGAGCUCCAGGACAAAAGGGGGAACCAGGUUUACCUGGUUUGAGAGGCCCUGAAGGAGCGCAAGGGAUUGGUUCUCAAGGCGAGAAGGGCGACCAGGGUCCGAGGGGCAUCCGUGGCUUACAUGGGCCUCCGGGGAUCACAGGACCCGCUGGGCCCAAAGGCGAACGUGGGGUUCCGGGCCAGCUGGGCAUGCCAGGGCUGCCGGGACGGUCGAUAUCAGGUCCAAAGGGGGAUGCUGGUCCUGCUGGUCCUCCUGGACAUAUUGGGGAAACGGGGCAUGGACUACCCGGUCCAAAAGGCGAGCGUGGUCAUCAGGGAUUACCAGGUCCUGUUGGACCUAAAGGCGAAGGCAGCCCUGGCCCUGUGGGUCCUCCUGGUUUGCCAGGUUUACCAGGUGAACCGGGUCCUGAGGGAGUGGGAAUUCCUGGUCCUAAGGGAGACAUUGGCUUCAGGGGAUUGCCAGGUUUGCCCGGGCCACCAGGAGAGGGACUACAGGGUCUCACAGGUAACGUUGGACGACCAGGACCUCCUGGCCCCACUGGACCUCCAGGAGAAGGAAUUCAAGGUCCAAAGGGUGAGCCAGGACCUCAAGGCAUGACUGGGCCGAGAGGGCCUCAAGGCGAUGGAUUUCCUGGUGUGAAGGGUGAUCGUGGAUUACAGGGUGAGAGGGGAAUGAAGGGCACAAAGGGAGAUAUGGGAGAUCACGGAGUCCCUGGUGAAUCGGGCAGGCCAGGCGCAAAAGGCGAACCUGGCCUCACGAGAGAAGACGUUAUUAGACUGAUCAAAGAAAUCUGUGGCUGUGGCGUCAAGUGCAAGGAAAGCCCGAUGGAGCUGGUGUUUGUCAUCGACAGUUCAGAGAGCGUCGGCCCAGAGAACUUUGAAAUAAUCAAAGACUUUGUCACAAGGUUGGUGGACGGGACGACAGUGGGACGCAACACCACCAGAAUCGGUCUGGUCCUCUACAGUCUGGAUGUCCAGUUAGAGUUCAACCUGGCCCGCUAUGUGAACAAACAGGAUGUCAAGCAAGCGGUCAGGAAAAUGCUGUACAUGGGUGAAGGCACUUACACCGGCACUGCCAUUAGGAAGGCCACCCAGGAGGCGUUCUUCAGCGCACGCCCGGGAGUCCGAAAAGUCGCCAUCGUCAUCACCGACGGGCAGACAGACAAACGGGAGCCGGUCAAACUGGACAUCGCUGUGCGAGAGGCUCACGCUGCGAACAUUGAGAUGUACGCACUGGGGAUCGUCAAUUCCUCCGAUCCCACGCAGGCCGAGUUCUUGCAGGAACUCAAUCUCAUUGCUUCUGACCCAGACAGCGAGCACAUGUACCUGAUCGAUGACUUCAACACACUGCCAGCCCUGGAGUCUCAACUGGUCAACCAGUUCUGUGAAGACGAAAAUGGGGCCCUUAUUUACAAUCGCAUCACGAAUGGCAACUGGAACGGAAACAACGGGCUCAGUCCUAAUGGAAACAGUAGAUAUGGGGAGCAUGCUAACGGAUAUAAUGGCUAUGGAAAUAAUGGUUUUCCUCAUGGAAACAACAGGAACGGUUACAAUCAUGAAGAGGACAUCCAAAAUCAGAGACGCACGAGCAGCCGAGGGCGUGGAGACACUUUCACUCUGCCUAUCAGUGCGGACCCCCUCCCCGUUCAGAUGGUGGAGGAUGACGAUGGUGAGGAUUUAGAUAUAAGGGCCCGCGUGCGGACGAGUAGCACCAUGUCUGUCAAUAAAACGACACUCUUAUCACCCCCGAGAGAAAGCUACAUAUCCAAUAAGGCAGACUCAUCAUCUUCAUCGUCGUUGUCAUCUCAGUCCUCAUCCUCAUCCUCAAACUCUAAUCAGUUGCAGCACGUAGUGAGUGGAGUCCUGCCUGAAGAGACCCCUCUGCUUGACCCCCGCUGUAACCUCAGCUUGAGCCAAGGUUCCUGCAGAGACUACAGCAUCCGCUGGUACUACGACAAGCAGGCCAACGCCUGCGCUCAGUUCUGGUAUGGAGGCUGUGGUGGGAAUGAGAACCGCUUUGAAACAGAAGAUGAGUGCAAGACCACUUGUGUUCUCUUCAGAACAGCUGGAUGAAAACAGAAGAAUCCAUUCAAAGCUGUUUUGAACGUCCUACAGUCUGCUGCCUGAUAAGGUUAAUGUGAUGCAUCUUGUCAUUUGUGUGCAGGAGAUCGAGCUCUUCUCUAACACAUCUGUCUACACACACAAAAGCUGUUUUUAUGCAAUAGACUGCUGACUUGUUGCUAAUCAAAUAAUUUUACUGACCGAUUGACUCCUACAACAACUGACUUUAUUACCUCAGAGACAUGAUGUUGUGUUUAAAGCUCCAUUCAAGGUUUUAAGUGACAAUUCAUGAACAUUUGAAAAGCAGUUGGUAUUAAUCUGUAGCUCUUAACCUUGGUGCUUUACAUAGAACAUGAAUAUGCAGCUUUUCUUGCACAACCACAGAACUGAAAGAUUCUGUU